AUGCAUUUACAUAAAGAAGUACCCAAUGUUGUAAAACUUGCAUUGCACUUUCCAGAAAUGCAUCAGGUUGUUUAUGAUUUAAAUGAUGAAUUUAAUCUACAACUUUUACUUACUGUCAUCUGUGUUUCACAGUCAUUCAAGCAUCUGAGAACUGUUAAUAGUAUUGAAUGCCCAAUGUUCAAAAGCAUAUGCAUAGCUCUUGGCCUGCUAAAAGAUGAUGAUAAAUGGAGUCAAUGUUUAGAGGAAGUUUCUAUUAUUACAAUUGCUUACAAUUGA